AUGCCUGGGAGAGUUUUGCCGACGUUUACCUCUGCCGAAGUCCAAUCUCACAACAACGCCAAGUCGUGUUACAUCACCUUGGGGUCUAACGUUUACGAUGUCACCGAUUUCCUCGACGCCCACCCCGGUGGUGGUGAUCUGAUUCUAGAGUAUGCCGGCAAGGAUGUGACAGAUAUUCUGAAGGAUGAGAUCUCCCACGAACACACCGACGCGGCCUAUGAAAUCCUGGACGAGUACCACAUUGGAUUUGUCUCCAAUACCUCCACGCCUGGCAAAACUGCAACAGCAACAGCUGUCACCGAGACAGUGACUGAAACCGAAUCUGGCCCCGUUUAUACAACCACUGGAAUGUCGCGGGAGGAGGAUUUGUCGAUGGAUACCGACUAUAACCAAGACUUUAAAACCCACAAGUUCCUGGACUUGAGCAAGCCACUUCUGAUACAGCUGUGGAACAGCAAAUUCUCCAAAGAGUUCUACUUGGAGCAGAUUCAUCGGCCUCGUCACUACCGGGGAGGGGAGUCCGCUCCUCUGUUCGGCAACUUCCUGGAGCCUCUCAGCAAGACCGCAUGGUAUGUCGUGCCAAUUAUCUGGCUGCCAUGUGUUGCCUACGGACUUACUGUGGGAGCUACCGGUCUGGGUAGCUCCACUGCUGCUGCCUCUUACUUCUCUGGCGGCGUAUGCCUCUGGACUCUCAUCGAGUAUCUGAUGCACCGAUUCCUCUUCCACAUUGACCACUGGCUUCCAGACAACCGUGUUGGUCUUACUCUGCACUUCCUGCUUCACGGUAUCCACCACUAUCUCCCAAUGGAUAAGUAUCGUCUUGUUAUGCCACCGACACUGUUCGUGCUUCUGGCUGCUCCUUUCUGGAAGCUGUCACACGCAGUCUUCUAUUACAACUGGUACGCGGCUACAUCGGUAUUCUGUGGCGGCUCUCCUUCGUACUACAAGGAGCUCAAGAAGUACCACCUUCAACACCAUUUCGCCGAUUUCGAGAAUGGCUUUGGCGUGACUAGUCGAUUCUGGGAUCGGGUCUUCGGCACCGAAUUGGUCGCCCCAACUCCAAAAGGCGUGAAGGCUCAGUGA